GUUCUUUUUAUAAUAUUAAUCGAAAUAUUGAACUGGAAUUACUUAGAAUCGUUCAAAAUUAUUCUCAUUUGGAUGAAAUAUCACAUGAAAAUCAGCAUUUUUCAACAUGUUUAUCUUAUAUCGCUACUAGGAAAACGGUUGGUAGUCUUGCGACACAUGAAGAUUUUGACCUAAAGGAUUAUUCAGAAUUUUUAAUGAUAUCAAAAGAUAUAAGGGAAAUGGUAGGAAUAGGAUCAGAGCCUUUUUUGGGAACAUUCCUUAAACCAAUGAAGAAAGACAUUAAUUUGCCACAAGAAAUAUUAAUUUUACUGAAAGUUAAACAAUUUGGUAGACUUAGACUUGAAGCUACAAUUUUCAGUUUAGCGUAUUCAAAAAG